AUGGCCUCUCCUUUCCACAUCUCCCGACACGAACAAAUCGAGCUGGAGCGCAAUGAAGCUUUCCGUGUGAUGCGCGAACAACUCCGCCGCCAGGAAUGCGGUAGAGAGCGACCCAGUUUCUGUGCCGGCCAUCGACACUCCUGCACCUCCUCCGAGCAAGAGACCUUCCGCCUCCAUCGCGAUAUCAUCCAUACCCUUCUCGUGCCUCUCUUCCUAAUUAAUCACCAAGCCGAGCGCGUCGCAGCCCGGACUCUCCCGAGCCAGAAAGGUGCGGAGCCCGAACGCGCUUUCCGCGGCGAAGCCCGCAGCGCCUUCUCGUGGCUCAACUGCAUCCUCACCGAAGAACACGAUUGGUAUCUUACGGCCCGUUGCCCAGCAUGUAUCGUUCAGCACGUGCUGCAUUCAGAGCCGACAAUCCGCUUUGUAACCGUUGCCUCUCAACUCGCAGGCCCACGCUCCGGCUUCCAGUGCUGGCUGAACGCGCUCGAGACAGCCGUCUGUGAAGACCCCUUCUGGGGCGAUGCGUUCUGGCCGGAUAUCGAGGAGCGCGCGUCUCGUCUCACCGAUGGUGUGCAGCAACUUGUUCGCCAGUGCUACGAGCUCAGCGCGACGCUCGACAAUCCGGGACGGGUGAAUUCGUCUCACACGAUGGCCUCCGUUUCUGUCUAUGCCAAUCGUUCCGUCACCUGCACGAUCCCCCUGAAGCCAUCUAGCUUCGCGCGGAAACAGGUGCGGCUGACUCGUGAGGAGCAAAAAUACCGUUCCUCGCUAGUAUGGAAUUGCUCGCAGGAGAUCAGACAGCCACUGGCUGGUUGCACCACUGCGACUAAGUCGCGCCGCCGGUCGCUGACUUCGUGA